GAGCCUUUUGUUGUUUGGGCUCAGUUCCCAGUCCUCCUUUCAUCCUUUCACACAAACCGAAUGUCGCACGCCGUCACUUGCACUGCGCCAGUCAACAUUGCCGUCAUCAAGUAUUGGGGCAAGCGCGAUGAGGAGCUCAUUCUGCCCAUCAAUUCGUCGCUCUCUGGCACGCUGAGCCAAGACCAGCUCCACGCACGGACCAGCGUCAUGGCGCGCGCCGACUUUGCCUCGGACGCCAUCUGGCUCAACGGAAAACAGGAAUCCAUCGAGAAUCCGCGCCUGCAAAACUGCCUCCGCGAAAUCCGCAAGCUCGCCGCCGCAAAGCAGACACACCAGCAGGGCGCACCGCUGCCAACAGACAAGGUGCACAUUUGCUCGGUCAACAACUUCCCGACGGCAGCAGGCCUUGCAUCGUCUGCCGCAGGCUACGCGUGCUUGGUGUACGCCCUCGCACAACUGUACAAGGUCGGCGACUCGCUCGCAGAAGUCACAAAGCUUGCCCGUGUCGGAUCGGGAAGCGCAUGCCGCUCCAUCUAUGGCGGCUGGGUCCGUUGGGUCAUGGGCGAGGCAGCCGAUGGCUCUGACAGCAUUGCCGAGCAGGUUGUCGAUGAACACCACUGGCCCGAGAUUGAAGUAUUGAUUCUGGUCGUCAGCGACCACAAGAAGACCACCAGCAGCACGGCCGGUAUGCAAACGACUGUUGAGACGAGCUCCUUGGUCAAGCACCGCGCAGACAAGGUUGUCCCUCAGCGGAUGGAAGACAUCCAGAAUGCCAUUCGAGCACGAGACUUUGAAACUUUUGGCCGCAUCACAAUGCAAGACUCCAACCAAUUCCACGCUGUCUGCCUCGACACUUACCCGCCUAUUACCUACCUGAACGAUGUUUCGCGCGGCAUCAUCGACAUGCUAACCAAGUACAACGCACACAAAGGGAAAAUCCAGGCGGCAUACACGUUUGACGCGGGCCCGAACGCGGUCAUUUACCUGCCGCGCGAGAACGUGAACGAGGUUGUCAACUUGGUGCGCCACUUCUUCCCUCCAGCGGUGGGCGCAGAGGCUGCCUUUGUUCGCGGCUUCCGCGAUGUUCCAGCAGCACCUGUGGAUGCUGCCACACUCCAGGCGAUCAACCGCAGCGUCUUUGCGGACAGUCUCAAGUACGUUAUGCACACUCGAGUUGGCAGCGGUCCUCAAGUGCUGUCGAACGACGCAGAUUGUCUUCUCGAUGCGAGCGGCAACCCUCGGCUGUGAGGCAUCGAGCAAAGUUGUGCGAUGUCUGUUUUUGUGUUCAGGUUAACUGCAAAUGUCGUGUAUUUUUUCAAUCAAUCUAUUGAACGUUUAAAG